CUUGACCGUUAGGGUUUAGGCAGAGCUUUUCUCGGAUUGCUGCUGUGUCGCCUAUGUUGAUGGGUGUCAUUGGCUUCUCCGUCGCUUCUCCUUCGCCCUCGGUCACCAAAUUAUAUCACGAUUUGCGGCAUCUGAAGAUAAAUUCCGGGCGUUUUAUGGCUUCGGCAUUACCGGUGGAGCAAGUCGAUCAGCCACCGAGUCGGUUGAGAGGUGAUUCCUUCAUACGCCUUCACCUCAGGCAGCUGUCUCCCUAUCAGCCAAUCUUGCCGUUCGAGGUAUUAUCUACACGCCUUGGAAGAAAACCUGAAGACAUAAUCAAGCUAGAUGCUAAUGAAAAUCCAUAUGGUCCACCUCCAGAGGUAGCUGAAGCAUUGGGAUCAUUAAAGUUUCCUUAUGUUUAUCCUGACCCUGAGAGCCGCCAUUUGCGUGCUGCUCUAGCUGAAGAUUCAGGCCUUGAAUCCGAUUAUAUACUUGCUGGAUGUGGUGCAGAUGAGCUAAUUGACUUGAUCAUGAGAUGUGUCCUUGAUCCUGGUGAUAAAAUUGUGGAUUGUCCUCCUACAUUUACUAUGUAUGAGUUUGAUGCAGCAGUCAAUGGAGCACUGGUCAUCAAGGUCCCAAGGCAGUCAGAUUUUUCUUUGGAUGUUCCACAAAUUGUUGAAGUCGUGGAAAAGGAACAGCCAAAGUGUAUUUUCCUUACAUCUCCAAACAACCCUGAUGGAAGUAUUAUCAGCGAUGAAGAUCUCCUACAGAUUCUCAAUCUGCCAAUCCUGGUUGUGCUGGAUGAAGCAUACAUUGAAUUCUCUGGAUUGCAAUCAAAGAUGAAGUGGGUGAAGAAUCAUGAGAACUUGAUUGUCCUCCGAACCUUUAGCAAACGAGCAGGUUUAGCUGGACUUCGUGUGGGCUAUGGAGCAUUUCCUCUUAGCAUGAUCGAAUAUUUAUGGCGUGCAAAGCAACCUUAUAAUGUGUCCGUUGCAGCAGAAGUUUCUGCAUGUGCGGCAUUGCAAAACCCUGACUAUCUGGAGAAAGUGAAAAAUUCUCUGGUGCAAGAAAGGGAAAGAUUGUUUAGUCUUCUGAAGGAAGUGCCCUAUCUGAAGCCAUAUCCAAGCUAUUCCAACUUCAUUUUAUGUGAGGUUACAUCUGGAAAGGAUGCUAAGAAACUUAAGGAAGAUCUAGCGCAAAUGGGUGUGAUGAUUCGGCACUACAAUAAAAAGGAGCUAAAAGGCUAUGUCCGUGUUACUGUUGGGAAGCCAGAGCAUACAGAUGCCCUGAUGGAAUGCCUUAAUCUACUCCAUUAAUCAACUUCCCUGCCCAAAGAUCUCCUCCAUGCACCAAAUAGUUGCCUAAUGACGAAGCGAAACACAAAAAGAUGUCUCAUUGUCUGAGCUUAAUUAUCCUUCGAGUUGGUGCAUCUAUUCAUCCUGCAAAGUGAUUCAUUGGAAGAUGUUGUGGCCGUUGAUUUGUGUGUGUAUGCAUCAUCAUCAUUGAAGUGGUGGAUUGGAUUCCCAUGUUUCAUGCUCGAAGAUAUUCACUCUUAAGGAACUCCAUAUCCGUCUUAUCCUGUUUCAUUGAGUGCAUCUCAGCUCUUUUAUUUAUCAUGAUGUGACCUUUAAUGGAAAGAGCAAUGUUCAAUUUCUGCUGAUACAA